UUAUCAUUUCUUUUACAAUUGAUAAAAAUAAUAUUGAUUUAUUUUUUCUAUCAUACAAUGAAUACAAUGAAUUAUUACAUUUUUUUAUUGAUAUUUUUUAGCAUUAAUUCAAUCAAUGCUCAUUUUAACGAAAAUCAAAAUAAUGGAUGUAGCUGUAUUAAUUACAACUGUGGAUGCUGUGAAAAACUAAAUUUACCCGAAAUUCAUGGAACUGUUUGCUCAAAUUUUACAUAUUUAUCCGAUGAUUACGGAAUAUCAUUGACAAUAACAUACAACAAUUAUACAUUGUACAACGAAACAAUAUCAGCACGUAAUCCACCACCAAUUUGUGUCGGAAUUCCCGAAUUUGAAAAAAUAAGUGCUGAAAUUUGUAUAACCUUUUAUGACUUAACUUUCAAGAUGCAUCACUUUCAUUGUUGCUCUAAUUUGCGAGUUGCCAUUUAUCACGUAAUUCAUAAAGAAAUAAAUUUAGGUUGUUUUGACAUUCCGUCGCUUCGAAAAAAAAAUUAUCCUAGCGUAAUUGUUAUUUAAAAAAAGUUAAAAAAAAAAAAAAAGAUCUAUUUUUGAACAUUGGAAUGUUUCUUCCUAAAAUUAAUCAUAUACUUCUUUAUAAUUAAUUUUGAAUUAAUUAAGAAGAGCAAUAAGUAGUUUUUUACAUGCCGCGGCACAAUCGUCCUGCAAUUAAAAAUAAUUAUUUUCCAGUUAUAAUUUUUUAUACAAAUAUUUUUAUUGAUAUUUGAUAUUAGUAAUGUUUAAUUAAUAAGAGCAAGUAGAAGGCGUUUAAAGUCGGCGCUGCAGUCACUCUGUAAAUUAAACAAAGAAAACAAAUAAAAUAAUGACCUAAUGAUUGUACGAAAAUCCAUCACGUAAAUAAGUAAAAAAAAAAAAUAAAAUAAAAUAUAUAAUUGUAAGGCCAUGCGUUUAUUUGUUUAUAAAUUAUAAUAACAUGUUUAAUAAUAAUAAUAAUAAUAAUAAUAAUAAAUUGAGAUAUUUAGUCACAGAUCAUGAGUUAAUUACAUCGUUUAUAAUUAAUGUGAUGAUUUUUUGAGUACAAUGUUAACGAAUUAUGUCAUGUUUAUGACUAAGCGCCAAUCAAAGCAAGCAAAAGUCUCUUGUAAUCUCCAGAAGUGUCGCCCUGUAACGUAAUUGUUUAUUAAAUUAAUAUUUUUUGUUAUUAACUGAUAAAUGUGAUGGUUUUUCGUACUAAAUUAUACUUAUCUAAUUAA